CACCAUUGAUGGCACUGCGACACUCUUCUUCAACCUUUUCAACCACGCUAACACUCUCUUCACCGAGAACCAAACCCCCAAAACCUUUUCCGCUUUUCUCCUUCACAAAGUUCCCAUUUUUAACCGCACCAAACUCCAUUUCCAUCACACGGAGAACCAGAACAACCCUCUCUCUAACAGUUCCACGUGUUGCUGCGCCACCAACAAAGGUUGAAACCGAAGAAAGCAACGAAAUUGAUGAAGGUGCCGAUGAAGAGAGCUCGUCCACGAAGUUCACAUGGAAGGAUCACUGGUACCCAGUUUCUCUGGUGGAGGAUCUGAACCCUCGGUACCCAACGCCCUUUCAGCUUCUGGGUCGUGAGAUCGUGGUUUGGUUCGAUAAUUCUAAGUCCCAGUGGGUUGCUUUUGACGAUAAGUGCCCCCAUCGUCUCGCUCCUUUAUCUGAAGGAAGGAUUGAUGAAGGAGGGAACUUGCAAUGUUCCUAUCAUGGUUGGUCUUUUGAUGGAUGUGGAUCAUGUGUUAGGAUCCCUCAAGCUUCCUCCGAAGGACCGGAAGCGAGAGCUUUGAAAUCUCCUAAAGCGUGUGUCACAAGGUUCCCUACAAUGGUGUCUCAGGGUUUGCUCUUUGUUUGGCCUGAUGAGAAUGGUUGGGAGAAAGCUAAUGCUUCCAAUCCUCCAAUGUUGCCGGAUGACUUUGAGAAGCCGGAGUUUGCCACCGUGAACAUUCAGCGUGAUCUGUUCUAUGGCUAUGAUACUCUAAUGGAGAAUGUCUCCGAUCCUUCUCACAUUGAUUUUGCUCACCACAAGGUUACAGGCAGGAGAGACAGAGCCAAGCCUCUGCCAUUCAAGAUGGAUUCUAGCGGACCAUGGGGCUUCGCCGGAGCCAAUGAAGGGAACCCAAGAAUCAGUUCCAAGUUUGUUGCACCAUGUUAUUAUAUGAACAAAAUUGAGAUUGAUACCAAACUUCCAGUAGUUGGUGACCAAAAAUGGGUAAUAUGGAUAUGUUCCUUCAAUGUCCCCAUGGCACCCGGUAAGACUCGCUCCAUUGUUUGCAGCGCUCGAAACUUCUUCCAGUUCACAGUGCCAGGGCCUAACUGGUGGCAGGUGGUUCCUAGAUGGUACGAACACUGGACAUCAAACAAGGUAUAUGAUGGAGAUAUGAUUGUCCUUCAAGGCCAGGAGAAAAUCUUCCUUUCAGAAACCAAAGACGGUGGUGACAUCAACAAACAGUACACAAACAUCACCUUCACACCAACCCAGGCAGAUCGCUUUGUCCUAGCAUUCCGAAACUGGCUGCGGCGACACGGAAACGGCCAACCAGAAUGGUUCGGGACAAGCAGCCAACAGCCAUUACCAUCAACCAUCCUAUCAAAACGCGAGAUGAUGGAUAGAUUUGAACAGCACACACUGAAGUGCUCUGCAUGUAAAGGAGCUUAUGAGGGAUUCAAAACAUGGCAGAAGGUCCUAAUUGGUGCAACAGUUUUGUUCUGCGCAUCAAGUGGAAUCCCAUCAGAGACUCAUUUGAGAGUAAUCUUGGCUGGGCUUGCAGUUCUCAGUGCAGGAUUAACCUAUGCCGUAACCGAACUCCAAAAGAACUUUGUAUUCGUAGAUUAUAUUCAUGCCGAUAUAGAUUAACCAAAUUACCACAACUGUAAAUAUACCACAUCAAUGUACCUAUCAUCGUGUAUCAUUUGGAUUCAUUAGGUUCAAUUUGAACCCUAUUACGUAGAUUAUGAACUUUUAUGUUCUUUAAACCUAAUUCGUUUAUCUAAUAAUGCUCAAAAUGUAUAUCAAUUGGAAUUAACAAGAACAUAUCAUUUAAAUAACAAUCAGCAUUGCAUCUACAUGUACCACAAGAAAAGCAAAACGAAAUCGGUUCAAAUAAACAAUGGAAAAACCCUAAACCUAAGAGCUAGUGAAUUUGGUAACAGCUUUGGUUCCUUCAGAAACAGCAUGCUUUGCGAGCUCACCAGGAAGCACGAGUCUAACAGCAGUCUGAAUCUCCCUGGACGUAAUGGUAGGUUUCUUGUUAUACCUAGCGAGUCUAGAAGAUUCUUGAGCAAGCUUCUCGAAGAUGUCGUUGAUGAAACUGUUCAUUAUUCCCAUCGCCUUGCUGGAGAUUCCGAUGUCAGGAUGAACCUGCUUCAAAACCUUGAAUAUGUAGAUCUUGUAAGUUUC